AGCCAAGAAUGUUCAGGUUAUGACAUUUGGACAGCCUCGGGUUGGCAAUGCAGCUUUUUCUUCUUACUACAGUCAACUUGUGCCAAACACAAUCCGAGUCACAAAUGAACAUGAUAUUGUACCACAUCUACCUCCAUACUAUCGUUAUUUCCCUCAAAAGACGUACCAUCACUUCCCAAGAGAGGUUUGGCUGCAUAACAUUGGAGUGGGAAGUCUGGUUUAUGAAGUGGAGAAGGUCUGUGAUGGUUCUGGUGAAGACCCAAACUGUAGCAGGUCGGUGGCAGGGAACAGUAUUGCAGAUCAUUUAGUUUAUUUUGGUGCUGAGCUGAUGUGUGAGACAUGGAGAUCUUGUGGAAUCGUGAUGGAUUCUCUUGCCAAAGAGUACGGCAAAAUGGAUGUCAAAGGAAAUAUUGUUUUUUCCAGAGAUUCUAUUCUGAGAAUGAAAACAGAGACAAACAUGGGUGGAGAUCGUAUGUAGAAUUCAGAAUUUGGGUUCUCCUGCAAGGUGGCUGAGAGGCCACUUGUGAACUCUUCCCCAUGUAGGUUUUUCUUGAUUUUCUAUUCUUAGCCCAUCGUGUAGCUGAUGAUCACUGUCGAGGGGGGCGUUCUGUAUAUAGAUUGAUUUGUACAUCUAAAUCUUUUUUAUUUAUAUUUUUUAUAGGGGAAGUGUAUUAACAAAAAAAAUAAAA